AUGAGUCAGAUAUUCAACUUUAGGAACUCACAAAAGGACACAUACGAAGUCAAUGGAAGACAUAAAAGCAAAAGAUCUCAAAAAACAACUAGCAACUCCCAAUCCAGCUUAAAUGCUUUCAUGACAAAAUAUACUGAAAGAGAGAAGAACAAGAAAAAUGUUUCUAAUGCAAUCACACUUUCAGAUGAUGAAGGUAGCAAGAAAAGAAAAGGAUCAUCUAUCACUCAGUUUCUGACUCGCGGAUCACAAGGAAAUAAGUCGGAUUGUGAGAAAAGUAAAAACCUUGGUUCUAGUGCAUUUGAUUCACAACACAGUACUGCUAAUACAGUUGAUAAAUCAGAAGUUGAUGAUGAAGGACCUACAAAUGACAUUGAUUACUACCAGUAUGCUUCCAUGAGAAGAGCAAGUGAAAGUCCAGACCAAAACAACCCAUCUGGCUCGAACUUCAACCCUUCACUCAAAGGUCAGAAGCGGAAGUUCAACAAAGGAGGCUACCUUGUCAGUGGCAGAAGGAAAACACACUUGUUUAGGUUUCCAAUGGUCAUUGAGACAAACCUUGUGUGAAGACAUCUCUUCAUGGAGAACGAGAGGUAUCUCACUUCCAACGUUGCGUUUAAGACUGUCCUAGAGCGAGACAAAGACAACAGACAUGACCGUAAUGCCAUAUUGGUUGCUGUUGUGCAGCAGUUAGGGAAUCUCCAAGAGAAAAAGCACUACUUCGGAUAUGUUCCCAAGGAUAUUGGAUACCACUUGGCUCCGAUCAUGGACUUGAACAGAGACUACUACACUUUCAACGCUCAGGCUGAUUUGCGUUCGAACAAGCUGACUAUCAGCAUUGACUUGGAAUCCAAGAUCUUGAGAGGACACAGAGAGUAUGAUGUGAAGACAGGGUCUUAUGCAAUCAAAGACCUCCCAGGGAUGCCCAAGAAGUUGAAGACAUCAUUUAUGGCAUUGAACAAACAAAACAAAAACUCAGACACAGGAAGUGAAUACAAGUGAGAAGACUCUGAAGAUUCAGAUGGACCAAACGAGGCAGAUCUUCCAAAAAGCAUUGCUGAUAUUUCUACUCCUGAUUUGAAAUGGCUCGGAGUUGAUGAAAGCGACAUUAAGAAGGAUCUGAAAGAGGAGGAUGAUAGAUAUGUUAGAAACUUCAACCUUGUACUUGAAACUAUCAAAGGUUAUGAUUUCUUGUUCAAUCAAAACGAACUUGAAAUCAUCAAACGAUACAAAAGUUUAGGAUCCCUUGCUAAAAGCAUUUAUGUCAGAAUUUACUUUGAUAAUAAACAUUGGUGGAGCUCACUUGAACUAUUCAAAUUCAACAAGAACAAGCAAGCUGUCAUGAUGGCAAUUGGAGAGUUGAAAAGGAAUGUAUUUAUAAGAGACUUCAAUGAAGUUGUAGAAAAGUUAGACUAUGAGAGGAUAUCCGAUGCAAUACAAAGUCUUACUCCAAAUCAACUCAAGCAAUUUGAUGACGAAGUGAACCGAGCACUAAGAACAGCUCCAAAAGUUGAUCUUGGUUUAGAUGAAACUCAGCAUAAUCCAUUUUAUCAAUUCAAGCAUGCUGCUGAAGGAAGUUUAAAAUCAUUGGCUGUAAGUGUGAGCAAGAAAUUUAGUGAGUGAAUAAGAGCAAUUGUUGAAGACUGCAAAAAGGAACGCAGAAAAGUCCUCCCAUUUCCCAAUUUUUCUUAUUCAACAAAGCCAGACAUUAUUUCCAAGAUUCUUGGUAAAAUUCACUACAUGGAAGAGUCUGGACAGAAAAUACUUAAAAAGAAAGAUGUUGUCAAGAACACUAACCUCCACCAGUUCUUUAAGAUGAAGGAUGAAACCCCCAAAGACGAAGCCUCCAAGAUGGAUCAAAGAGUCAAGCUCAGAGGUGAAGUGUGCAGAGCGUUCUUCAAUGCCAACGAAGGAGCAGGCAUUUCAUGCAAUGAAGUCAUCAAGGGGUUUUUCCAGAGAUGUCUGAGACUCUUUUUCUUCUACAGCUCAGAUGACACCUACGAACAGCUGAUGCUGAACGACUACGGAUUCUACACAUUUGUGAGGAACAGGAACUAUCUGAUGAACAAGGACGAAAACUUAUACUACCUCAAACCCAUUUUUGAAAAGAGGCAGCAGUGGAUAGACUUUGAUGAUGCAGCUCUUUUGAAAAUAUGUAUCGAAGAUAUGCUAAAAAUGAGAAUAAGAAGAAAGGAUUUAGUCGCUGAUGUGAUAGAGCAUGUGUGAAAAUAUUUGUUAGAGCAGUUUGAUGUCCAAUAUGACGAUACAAACAAAGGUCUUGUUUUAGGAGCUAAAUUAAAUGAUUUGUUUGAAACUUGGAAAAAUAAAAUCAAUGAAAUUGAAGAAGUAAUCAGUGAGCAUCAAAGACAAAUGUUAGAAAAGGAGAAGAUUGAGCAAGAGAGACUUGAUAAAUUCGCAUCAAAUUCUCAAGAAGAAAAAUUGUCUCAAGAUGAAUCUCAGCAAGCAAAUUUUGAACUCUCUCAAAGGACAGAUGACAUUCCUGUUGAAGAAAGCCCAUCAAAUUUCAAACCUUUCAAAUUAGAUAACCCAGUCUUUGGAGACACCACCUAUGAUGACCUUGAACUUCAGAAGAAAGAACAAGAACUAGAAGAGCUACUUGAAGAUCGUCAAUCACAAGAGCUUGAAGAAAAUAACAUGACAAGAGACUUCAGAGGUAGAAGAAUUCCAAAGUUCCUUGAGAGAUUCCGUAAAAAGCACAUGUACACCAUGAUAAUGGCUGAUUUCUUUAAAUGUCUUGAGAAAGGGAAAAGGUAUGAUGUCUGUCUUAUUGUCAUGUCUCAAAUCUUACUCUCUGACAAACUAGAAGAUAGAAGAGGAUAUUGGUGGCUCAGGUUUACUAUGAAUCUAAAACAUCUGAAAUGGAAACAAGAAGCAUUUGAUGCAUGAGAAAUAGCUUUAAAAGACCCCGAAACCAGAACUGCCAACAGAAACAGAAUUCUUAAAAUCAGACUCAAGGCAUUUGAAGAUCUUCACAAGAAAAAGAAGCCUAAAGGCAAAGGUAGAAAGAGAGGUAGAAAACUUGCUGGAACAGGCUCUAUCAAUAGUUCUCAGGCAUCAACAAAGAGCGGCACUAAAGCCAACAAGAGAACCAACAAAACCCAACAGAAGUACAAAAAUGCUGAGAGGCCUGACUUCAUCGGAGAUGACAUUCUUGGUGACCUCGACAACGACUGAGACGACGAGAAAGAAAUGGACCAGUAUCUCAACGACAUUGAAAAGCAACGACAAGACUUCAGCAAGCUCAAGUCCAAACUUGACAAAGCCUUCAAGGGUGAACGAGAUGGGACUGAUGAAGGGUCAGAACUGCAAUCUCAGAGCAGCUUCAUGACAGACUGUUCACUGCUUUACAACAAUGACUAUGACGACCGUGACCCUUCUGAGAUCCUUAUCGAACAAGAACGCAAGAAAACACUCGACUUGCUGAUCAAGUCAUCUGAUGUGUUCUAUGACAAAGAUUAUUACUCUGAGCGCCAUAUCCGAGGAAGACGAGCUUACACCGGCCAGCAGCUCAGGAUCGUGUACAUGGACUCGGAAGGCACUGAAUUCGUGACUGUUGAAAACCUUGCGCUCAAGUUCUAUGGCAAGCAAGGUUGGUAUGGCUUGCAUGUUGAAAACACUUUGUUCAAGACAUUCUAUGGGCUGUUGUUCUGGGACCAGAUUUACUUUGAGAAAGUGCCUUAUGUGUACCAGACUCCAUACCACUUUGGACCGCUUGACUUUGGACUGAGAGAGUUCUAUCAGUCACGUAAAAGCAUCUUUGACGACAGACUAAAAAUAAUCGAGAACAUCAAGGCAGAAGAUUUGAGGAAAGAAAUUGAAGAUUCUUACGAUAGACACUUGCACACUCACAAUGUGCUGAUCAACUGGGACUCAGUCAAACUGACCAGAGAGAGGCUAGCCAGUGUCAGUGUGUGAUUAGGAGGCAAAAUCAUAGCUAAAAUUGUGAAACGCUAUCUUGACGAUUUUAAAACUUGGAGAAUAGGAAUGCCUGACCUUGUUCUUUGGAAAGACGAAACCAGAGAGUCUAUGUUCGUAGAAGUAAAAUCAGAAACAGACACAGUGGCAGAGCAUCAGAAAUGAUGGAUCUCAUUCUUGACCCAAUGCAAACAGAAAGUUGAAGUAUGUUAUGUUAAUGACAAAGUAGACGGAGUAGAUGUUUUCUAA